AUGGUUAAUAAUUGUGGACAAGAACAGAAUGGCAGAUUGUGUAAUCAUGGAAGCGGGGAAUCAUCAAAUGCAAGUAAAGUAGGCUGUGCUUGUAAAACUGGGCAUAAAUCAGUGAGCGACUAUAUUCAGACAACCUAUGGUACAACAUUCAAUAUCCUGAGAGCGCCAUUUAAAAGAACAUUUUUAGAGAAACUCUCCGGGCUAACACGGAACUAUGUUCCCACAUUCGAUCACGAUGAAAUUAUGGAUAUCAUGAUGAUAUUUGAUUAUUCAAAAGCAAGUGAUCUGCUUGCAUAUGCUGUAGUCGUAUAUUUAAUGAAUAAUCCUGGACUUGUCAAUCAGAUACAAAGGCAUGACUCAGCUAAGUUCAACUCCCCUAAAUUGAAACAAUUUUAUGAUCUCAUGUUUCUUACUUGUGACAACGGUAGGAGUUUCAGUGAAAUUAUUUCUUCCCACAUUGUGCUCAAUUUAGUUGAUAACAAUGGGGAAACUGCCAAAUUGCAUGGUAAUUCCGAAUGCUACGAUCCUAUCAUCAUAUAUGCUAAUCUGCAUGAAUCGUUAGUUAAUUUUUUGUUCCCUCAUUUGAGCUUGAGUUUCAGUUUUCUGGAAAGAAAUCAGCAAAUUUUGGAGAAAAUGGUCGAUAACAAAAUGUUUUGUUCAUACUUAAGGAUAGAAAUACAUAGUAUUGACAUGAAGGUAGAUGGGAAAUCGAUAGAAGCCUUUUCAUCCGAACAACAACGAUUAAGUUAUCAAUUCAAUGUAUUGUCAACAUCUAAAUUAGUGAAAUGCUCUUAUGAAGUUAGAUUGGAGUUCGAAAAUUACGGAGAUGAGGGCAAUUGUGCAUCUUUCAGCAAAAUGAAAAAUUUAAAAAGUAUUAGCUGCAGAUCGUGCUCUGCAAAGUUUAUUAGCUCAAUACCAGAGAAGAUUGAAGUUGCAAUGGAUGUCCCUGAUGAUCGUAAUGUACCAACCAAUAUUCCGAUGAACACGAUGCAAGCAUCUUUUUCAGACAUAAUAUUUACCACAGAUAUGACGCUUCCCGAACAAAUUAAGGAUAUUAAGAUCAGUAACUGA